AGACACGUCCGUCAAGGAUCAUGUAUUAAAAGCAAUAAAAAUAUUUACUAGAACUUGUGUUGCUUUCGUGAGAGAAUUUCCGUGAAAUACAAAAUGACGGAACCUGAUUCAGUGCAAGUUGCUGAUAAUGGACAGCCAUCUGUCAAUAGCGGGGACGCUGCUGUAGCUAAUAUAGCAGAAGUUGGAGAGAAAGCUGAUAUUGUAACACCAAUGGACAACAGUGUGGCUGAAAGUUCUGCAGAGAUUAAAACAAUGACACCAACAAUAACAGUUAGUUCUGUAGAAAAGACUGCUGAUGGAGUCAUUAACAGCGGUGUGGUACCUGCUAAACCUACAGAAACACCUAGCACCCUUCUGCGGCCGGUGUCAGUCCAGGGCGUGAUGGAGCAUGCUCUGCAGCACCGCGACCGGGUGGGAGUUCAAGACUUUGUGCUGCUCGAGGACUACCGCUCCGAGCCGGCCUUCAUCGACAACCUGAGGAAACGAUUCAGCGAGAAUAUCAUCUAUACAUACAUCGGUAACGUGCUGAUCUCCGUGAACCCGUACAAGCCUCUUCCGAUCUAUACUGAAGAGAAGACCAAGCUCUACUACAAGAAAGCUUUCUUUGAGGCUCCGCCACAUGUAUUCGCGAUAGCUGAUAACGCCUACCGUUCUCUUGUUUAUGAACAUAGAGAGCAAUGCAUACUGAUCUCAGGUGAAUCCGGUUCAGGAAAGACUGAAGCUUCAAAGAAAGUUUUAGAAUACAUAGCAGCCAGAACCAACCAUCUACAAAAUGUUGAGAAAGUCAAAGACAAACUCCUACAAAGUAACCCCCUACUCGAAGCUUUCGGCAACGCCAAAACUCACAGAAAUGACAACUCAAGCCGAUUUGGCAAAUACAUGGACAUUCAGUUCAACUAUGAAGGUGCUCCCGAAGGAGGUCACAUACUCAACUAUCUUUUAGAAAAAUCUAGAGUUGUCAGCCAAAUGUCUGGGGAACGAAACUUCCAUAUAUUCUACCAGCUGCUAGCUGGAGCUGACCAACAUCUGAUGAAGGAACUCAGGCUGCAAGGAAGACCAGAGUUAUAUAAAUAUACUACGGAUAACACACCUUCUACACAAAAAAUUAAUGACGCUGAACAAUUCAAGACUGUAUUAGAAGCUAUGAAAGUGAUAGAGAUUACCGAAGUUGAACAGAAGGAAAUAUUCGAUAUAGUGGCUAGUGUAUUACAUCUAGGUAAUAUCAAAUUUGUGCAAAACGAAAAAGGAUAUGCUGAGAUUUUAAAUCAUGACAAUAGCAAUGUAGAUGUUGCUGAUCUUUUGAAAGUAAACGUGAUGAAACUUCGAGAAGCUCUCACGAGUAGAACAAUAGACGCUCGAGGCGAUGUCGUCAACACUCCCUUGGACCUCGAACAGGCACAGUACGCCAGAGAUGCUUUAGCGAAGGCCAUAUACGAAAAACACUUUAGCUGGCUUGUAUCAAGACUCAAUUCAUCCUUAGCGCCUAAAGACAAGGACCCACGAGCCUCUGUUAUGGGUAUUUUGGACAUCUAUGGAUUUGAGAUCUUCCCUAAAAACAGCUUUGAACAAUUCUGCAUCAACUUCUGCAACGAGAAACUUCAACAGCUCUUUAUCCAGUUGACUUUGAAACAGGAGCAGGAAGAGUACCUGCGGGAAGGAAUCGAGUGGGAGCCUGUUGAGUACUUCAACAACAUCGUAAUCUGCGACCUUAUUGAAGCGAGACAUCAAGGUAUAAUAUCAAUCUUAGACGAUGAAUGUCUCCGUCCUGGUGACGCGACGGAUCUCAGCUUCUUGGAGAAGUUGACCCAGAAACUGGACGGUCAUGCUCACUACAAAUCGCAUAGAAAAGUCGACAGCAAAACUCAAAAACUAAUGGGAAGAGAUGAGUUCUGUCUCGUUCACUAUGCCGGGGAAGUAACCUAUAACGUUAACACGUUCCUGGAGAAAAACAACGAUCUCCUGUUCAGAGACCUGCAAGGACUGAUGGCCUCCUGUGGCAACACUAUAGUUGGAACUUGCUUUAAGGACCUGAACCUGUUGAGCAAGAAACGUCCAGAAACAGCUGUGACACAGUUCAAGAUCUCCCUCAAUGAGCUGAUCAAGAUCCUCAGCAGCAAGGAGCCGUCCUAUAUCCGCUGUAUCAAACCUAACGAUUUCAAGCUACCUAUGCAAUUUGAUGAUAAGCUGGUGUCCCAUCAAGUCAAGUAUCUGGGUCUGAUGGAGAACCUUCGAGUCAGACGAGCUGGAUUUGCUUACAGGAGGACUUACGAAGCUUUCCUUGAAAGAUACAAGUGUCUCAGUUUGGAAACUUGGCCAAACUUCAGAGGACCAGCGAGAGAUGGAGUACACAAACUUGUGCAGGCUCUGGGCUAUGAUAAAGAAGAUUUCAGAAUGGGCAACACAAAAAUCUUCAUACGAUUCCCGAAAACGCUGUUCGAGACAGAAGACGCCUUCCAGAUAAAGAAGAAUGAUAUCGCAACGAUCAUUCAGAGCCGCUGGCGAGGAUACUGGCAGAGGAAGCAGUACCUCAAGAUGAAAGAGUCUGCCAUCAUCAUACAAAAGUGGGUCAGGAGGUUCCUGGCGCAAAGACUGCGGGAGAGACGGAGAAAAGCUGCCGACGUCAUCAGGGCUUUUAUCAAAGGAUUCAUAACAAGGAAUGGACCAGAAACCCCAGAAAACCGGCGUUUCCUCGCCAUCGCCAAAGUCCACUGGCUAAAGAGACUUUCUACUCAGCUCCCGAAAAAACUGCUGGACUUAUCAUGGCCGAUUUGCCCCGCAACUUGCCAAGAGGCUUCGAAGGAGCUGCAUCGGUUGCACAGAGCGCACCUCGCCAGGAAAUACCGUCUGGCAUUGUCGCCUGCUGAGAAAAAGCAGUUCGAGCUGAAGGUUUUGGCGGAGAAGAUGUUCAAAGGCAAGAAGAAUAGUUAUCCAAGCAGCGUCGGCGAGAGAUUUGUCGACGACCGUCUGACGGAGGAGCAUCGCGUGUUGAGGAAUACAUUCAUGGCAUCUCCCUCAUGGCCCAGCGGCGAACAGCUCAUCUAUUCGUGUGAAGCUGUGAAGUACGACCGGCGCGGGUACAAACCCCGCGAGCGUGCUCUGCUGGCGUCCGACAAAGCGCUCUACGUACUCGAUGCGGCCGCUCGCAAGACGUACAAGCUGAAGCACCGCCUGCCCGUCGACAAGCUGAGGGUCGUCGUCACCAACGAGUCUGAUGGACUAGCUCUCGUCAAGAUACCCCAGGAGCUGAAAAAGGAUAAGGGGGAUUUAAUUAUAUCGGUGUCGCACGUGAUCGAGGCCCUCACCAUAGUCACGGACUACACCAAGCGACCCGAGAUCGUCGAGAUUGUUGACACGAGAACCAUUGCACAUAACCUGGUGAACGGCAAACAGGGCGGCACCAUCGAGGUGACCCACGGACCGCAACCCGCCAUUCAACGCGCCAAAAGCGGCAACCUUCUCGUGGUUGCAGCGCCCUGAGUAUUGUAAACAUGACAAGCAAUUCAAAAACAAUUUUCGUUUUAUAGUCAAAUUGUUAUUUCUUCCUUAACUUAUUUCGUCGUAAGAUAUAAGAUUUAUAUAAUAUAUUGUUUUAUAUGCAUAAAAUUAUUUACUAAUCGGUACUUAGUACUUUGAGAAUGUAAUCAAAAAUAAAUUUUUAUUAUCAAUAUUGGUUUAUUCUUUGCAAAAUGUAGGUACUAAUAAAAUGAAAUACUGAAUUAUGUACUUAGGUCAGAAUAAGGCCCGGUAUCCACCAAAGCAGAGAGGAGAGGAGAUAAAAGCGAAGCUGUCAGGUUAUUUCCACCAGAGCGGAGAGAUGUGAGCUGUGUUCAUAGCACGCUCGACGCGGCACAAUAUUCUAUAGCCAAAUGAGACCUCUCUUCCUCCAUUUCCAUUCUCUUGAUCCAUUUCCACCGAAGCAGAUACGGAAGGAGAUGCGGAAAUAAUGAAAUCUGAUUGGUUAUCAAAAUACAUCUCCUCUUCGCUUUGGUGGACAAAGAGCCUGCAGAAUCCUAAAACAAUGUUUGAAAUUCUUGACAGAUAUCAGUGAACGCACAGGAAAGAUAUGAUAAUUUAUACCUACUUGGUGGCGAAGUGUGUGUACUGAUGUUAUAGAAAUACAUUGUGACGUUUUUAUAUGUGGCAAAUGAUGAGUGCACCGAAGGGAGGACAGUAGUAACAAAAUGAUAUAUUAAAUACAUUGUUUCCUAUUUAUUGUAAGUAUAGGUAUAAAGUAUAUCCAAAGUAUUAAGAAAUGUUAACGCAUAUCAAAAAUCCUUAAUGAUUCCUCACCUUUCACGAAUCACUUUUUCUGUAACACUGCUAAAUAGCUAGGUAGAACUUUUUCAAAAAUACUAUGAAAGCUGAAUCACAGUGGUGCCCGAAUGUAGUAUUAUUGUCUACAUAUAAUUAUGUGACCCUAGCAGAGAAUCGAGUAGAUAGAGUACCUAUAUGUGUAUUAACGAGAUUAGAUUUUAUGGUGGGUACACAAACAUUCUUAUGACCAUAAUUAAAAGUGCCUUGUAAGUCAAUUUCAUUUUUACAUAAUAAAUAUUAUAAUGCA